GAAAUUAGAAAUAGUUUUCUAUAGAACGUGAGAUAACCUUACAUACUUACAAUAAAAUAAAACACGCACCACGGAUUGUAUUUUUAAUUUUUACAAACCUAGUUCUAAUUUUAAACGUUUCAAGAAACUAUUUUAAUAUUUUCGUAGUUCUUACAGGUAAUUCGCAAUUUGAGGGUCGCUCCAUUGGCGGAACCCUGAAGAUAAAUUAAAAUUAACAAUUGUCGUAACCGUGCAUCAUGGGACGCAAGAAAAUAAAUAUAUCGAAAAUCACAGACGAACGAAACCGCCAUGUGACGUUUAACAAACGUAAAUUUGGUGUUAUGAAGAAAGCCUAUGAGUUAAGUGUAUUAUGUGAUUGUGAAGUAGCAAUCAUUAUUUUCAACAAGUCCAACAAGUUGUACCAGUACGCUAGUACAGACAUGGACCAAGUAUUACUCAAAUAUACUGAAUAUAGUGAACCACACGAAUCAUUAACAAACACCAAUAUUAUUGCUCAAUUAAACAGGAGAGAAGGUCCUAGAAGUUCUAAAUCUGUUGAUUCAUGUGUCAUUGAUGAGCCUAAUACUAUAACUCAACCCAAACAAUUUAAAGUAAUGUCCACUCCUAGAAUUAAACUUAAACACAAUGAUAUUUCUGAUGAAGAAUUCAGAAUUCUUAUGACACAUGGAAGGAGAAUAAUGGAUGAUGAGUAUGACGAAGAUGAUGAUGAUGAAGAUAGUAAUGGUCUUGAAUGUGAAUUUAUUCCUGGCAUUCCUGAAAACGAACUUCCAGAAGCCAUAAGAAAAAUGCGAGAAAAUAACUCUAAUGGAAAUGCUAAACGAGUUACUUCCAGUGACUCAGAUAUGAGUGAUGACGAGUUAAAAAUCGACAGUGGUGCUGAAAAUGAUUUUGAAGAAAUAGAUGACAGUUUACACAGUAAUAUAGAAAAAUAUAUUUCUCCAACUACCUCACGACAAAAAACUUUGCCAAUUAACCUAACAACUGAUGAUGGAAUCAAAGUUGAAAAAACAGAUAAUGACGUUGAUAUUGAAUUAAUUGAAGAUGAUAGCAAUCAUGAAGAAGUGAAAUAUAUUAAAAACCCACAAUUGACAUCAAAUGUUCCAAAACCACCAUUAAUACCAAAUACUCACUCAAGUUUGGACGUAAUUCAAAAUAAAUCUCCCAAAAUUCAACCUGAAAAAAAUACGAGGUACCGUCCUUAUAAUAUUCUACAAACCUCUAAGAAAAUGGUCAAAAUACCACCACAAAAAUCUUUGGAAAUUCAAAGUAGUGUAUCGCAAAAUGGACAGUCCCCAAAGCAGGAACGAAGAGUUUAUGCAGGAUUUAAACAACGUAUACAGGUCAAAAAAGAUUUGUUAAUGACUCCCGAUAAUAAAAUCGAUAAUACACAAAUGUCACAAAGUAGUAAUACAAAUGAUUCUUAGAAUUACA